CAUCUCUCAGACGCGUACAGUCGAUUAACCAGCGUGGACAUAGAGCUCGGUGUUCCGCGAUCGCGAAUAGUAGUGAUUGGUGCAUGUGCCAAGUCGAAACGUACCAUAGUUGAUAACCGGUAUUCCUCGGUUUAACCCGAAUAUGUCAAUUAACUUGUAUGAGACACUGUUUACCGAGACUCUGUGAGAUAGUGUUAGUGGCUUUGUAAACUUGAGUAAACAGUGUAUCCAAAACGAUGCACAAGGUCCUUGAUCUGUGCUAAUAACGGUGUCGCAUGUGUCACAGUUCCGGUUAAGUCAACCGUCGUCUAUGUUGAGUAAUAACCGUUGCGCAUCGUGCUUUGCGAAUGGGCUUUUCUUAGACGCACACCAGACGCCAGGAAACGGUGCUAACGCUACCGCACCAGCUCAGCUGCGGCCGAUGGAAGUGAAGAGAAAAGUACGAUGAGAUAAUAUUGAAGCCAAACAACGACGACGUCAUUAAUUGUUGUUACCCCACAGCAAUCAUAUCGAAGUUUCGCAGAAAGUGAAUUUGUCUGCUAGUCAGUCAAUAGCAGCGAGCCCCUGGAAUCAAAGAAGAGAAAUUUUGAACUGUCAGACCUUACACGGAAAUAUGAAUGCAGAAAACGUGAUACGAAAAAUGAGGUUAAACUGUUGGUCGUUGCUGCUGGUGGUGGGCUGGCUGGUGGCAACGCAGCUAACUGCAAGUGUCGAUGGCAUUCACGUUGUGGAGAAAGGUGGGCGCAAGUCCUUUCUAAAGCUGGCCCCAGCACAAUGGACGGAACUGGAUGAGGAUGGUCUGUGGUCGUCGCUGUUGGAGGAAUAUACGCUAGGUAUCAACACCACCAACCGUCACUCACGGGUAAUGCAAGCUGCUGUGGCCGUCGGACAGACUCAUCAGUACAUACCGGCCUCCAGUUUCUACAUAAACAAACGCAUCGGCGAGGCGGUCGAGAUGGGUUCUCCGGUGGGCAAAGUUAUUGGCCCUUCGGGUUAUGCUGAGAAUCAACUGAAUACGGGACCUAGCGCUCAGGGAACCUUCACACCAAUGCGGCAGACUUUCGGAGGAGCAAGCCCAACGGAGCUGCUUGCGUCACCACGUGAGGUUUCGGAGACUGAUCUGUACCUGCUGGGAGCAAUCGAGAAGCUGGUCUACCGAGUGGAUUACAUGGAAAAUAGACUUCGACGAGCUGAGCAGAUUAUCUACUACCUAAUGGCAGGAAAUAACCAGAAAAUUGAAACUUGUCCGGAUAAUUUCACCCGAAUUCACGAGAAUUGCUACCAUUUUGGGGUGGAUCGUGGAUUGAACUGGAAAUCGGCCAGUACAUUGUGCAAGUCUUAUGGCGGGCAUCUGGCCGAGUUUGAAACGAGUGUUGAGUUCCAAGACGUUGCAGCUUUCAUUUUAAAUAAUCAGCUUAAGCGGGGUAAAGAGUAUUGGCUGGGCGGUCUAAAUCCGGGUCUUUUGUGGAUAUGGACUCACUCCGCCAAACCUGUUAACCCUAACACGAACCUUACUUCCAUCUCGACCGGUAACAAAGGAACAAGUUCAACAAUCGGGACAGUAAAACCUGAUUCCAGUAAAAAUGAAGACUCUAAGAAAAUUGUUAACAAUCCUCCGCCAAAGCAAACAGAACCCACAUUGGAGAUUACCGGGACCGGUCGCUGUUUGAAACUUACCUACAAUGCGGCACUUUACACGUACGGCUAUACAGGGCAAGACUGUUCUGCAAGGUAUAACUACAUAUGCGAGCUGAAGAACAAAUCUUUGGACAACGAAAUUUCGCGCAUUGCGAAACAACUCAAUUUGGAUUAAGAUAUCGAAUAAGUUUUAUUUAUUGAACACUAAUUUAUUAAUACCUCGAAUAAACAGUAAUAUAUUCUAAUUUUACCAAAGC